CGCCCCAACCGACGAACCCUUGAGAAUCUUCUUUCAAUUCGACACUUUGACGCGAAAUCUCUGCGCGACGUGUUUGGUUGGAGUCGACGCCCGCCGGAGAUCUGCUCGUUUCCGGCUGAUCAAUAGCUGCCAUGGAGUCUUACGGCUCCGGACUCCGCCGCGUGUUUCUGUUGGCCUUUUGUGUUGCCGGAAUUUGGGCGGCGUAUAUAUAUCAAGGUGUCCUUCAGGAAACGCUGUCUACGAAGAAGUUCGGUGCAGAUAAGAAGAGGUUUGAGCAUUUGGCAUUUUUGAACCUUGCUCAAAAUGUAGUGUGUUGGAUAUGGUCAUUUAUAAUGAUCAAGAUUUGGUCCAAUGGUGGCAAUGGUGGUGCUCCUUGGUGGAGUUACUGGAGUGCUGGGAUUACGAACACAAUUGGACCCGCUAUGGGGAUUGAAGCAUUAAAAUACAUUAGUUAUCCUGCUCAGGUGCUGGCAAAAUCGUCAAAAAUGAUUCCAGUGAUGCUUAUGGGAACUCUAGUUUAUGGGAUUAGAUAUACCUUUCCGGAGUAUCUUUGCACAUUCCUUGUGGCUGGUGGUGUGUCUGCUUUUGCACUUUCAAAGACAAGCUCGAAGACAAUUAGCAAACUUGCACGCCCAAACGCUCCCCUUGGAUACGGCCUUUGUUUUCUAAACCUUGCAUUCGACGGAUUCACCAAUGCAACACAGGAUUCCAUUACAGCCAGGUACCCAAAGACAAGCGCAUGGAAUGUGAUGCUAGGAAUGAACAUAUGGGGCACCAUAUACAACAUGAUAUUCAUGUUCGGCUGGCCGAGCGCAAUGGGCUACAACGCCAUCCACUUCUGCAAGCAGCAUCCGGAAGCAGCGUGGGACAUUCUUCUCUUCUGUCUAUGCGGAGCUGUUGGCCAGAACUUCAUAUUCUUGACCAUCACCCAGUUCGGUUCCCUGACGAACACAACCAUAACCACGACCCGUAAGUUUGUGAGCAUAGUUGUUUCCUCCCUGCUGAGCGGAAAUCCCCUGUCCUCUAAGCAAUGGGGAAGCGUCUGUAUGGUCUUCUCCGGUCUAUCUUACCAGAUUUACCUAAAAUGGAAUAAGCUGCGGCGAGGACAGAAGAAGAGAAAGUCCACAUAACCUAACUCGAAUCACCCCUACCAUUUUUGCUCAACCUCUGAUAAGAACACCAGAGGAAUGUACUUAGAUUGAUUAUCGAGCAAAUGCACCACGAACCAAACUGAACCGAAGCGAACAUUCUUCGCCAUUUCUUAGUAAGGCUGCUAUCCUUUUAGGACAUGUUUGGCUAUUGCUCAGACAUGAAGAGUGAGCAUCAUACUUGUGACCUUCGUAUGUUAUAUGUAUGGAGAAGAAGUUAGUUUGUAUUUUGGGGUUUUUUCUAUAUCUUGUUAUACUUUUCUAUUUUUACUUUUGAUUACACAGGCUGUGGAAGCUUUCUUUAUUUUGUAGAGGUUUCCCUCCUUCACUUUUUUACCCUUAACUUUAUUGCUUUAGUAAUGAUGACUCUUGUCUUCCACCCAAAACUUCACCAUCUUAAAUGGCAGACCUUCCCCACAGGAUUCAGACACCAAAUCAGAGAAGAAGAGAAGAGAAGAGAGCACAAAAAGGUAGAUAUCCUCACAGAGUGGACUGUAAUGGUAAAUGAUAAUGAAAAACACAGGUAUAUGCACACCAAUACUCUCCAUUCUAUUACAUAUAUAUAUUUCAAAAUCAGCUAAAGUUUAUACAUCACCAUGGAAAACUUAUUGCAGAGGGGCUCACUCUCUGCACACUACACACAGCAAAAGAUGAAUCCAUCAUCAAGAUGGAUUCAUUUUUGCUCUUUUUUUUUCUCAUCUCUAAUUUUGUGUUUCUCUAUUCCUAUAUUAAUCAAUCAAUCAAUCAAAAUCUCCGGAAGGGGAUAGUAUUGCGGCGAGAUGCUGCAGUAUUGUUACUCAGGUUUUAGUGUUGGUUGGUUACUAUCUACACUAUACAUUAUAGGCUUAUGUAGCCGAAAGAAAGAAA